GAGAGCGCAUCUGCCUUUUUUUACCGUCUCCGAUCCGGCUUCCCUUCGCUGUGAGCCUUGGCUGAGUUUCUCCAGAAGUCCAAGAGUUUGCAGGGAAAUCUUACACGGAUGGAGAUCUAGACGUUGUUAUUGGAGGCGUGCAUGGCGACCUGCAAAACUUCAUCAGGUUCGGAGUUAUGGGAAAGGGAGAUCCCGUGGUCCCAUGUUCCACUGCCGCCCACCCACCGUACAUGUACGGGCCAGGCAGGGGAGAAAGCAAAGAUCCCUCUCCUCCUCUUCUUUAGGCUGGGAGAAGCGACCUGUCGAAGUCGCCCCUGCUUGCUUUGCAUGCAAGUCUGCAACUCCGUGUGCAAGAAAUUGGAUAUAAGAUAUAUAAGUUGGACAUCUUUCCUGAUUCCUCUUCAGUCCAGAGUGUCUUAUAUGGGAAGAGGGCUGACUGGCCUUCAGGUGUUGGCAAGACCGCUUCUGAUUAAAAAAACCUGAGGAGAUCCAUUCAUCCGUUUUGGAGCUGGAUUAGAGACCAAAGAGAAAAUGGAAGGACAAAACCCACCAAAUGCAGGAGUUGGAAAAGGCCCUCCAGCUACUCAGCUUUUGAGCUGUGCAAAGAAUGGGGCAAGUCCUGGCCAGAAGAGCCAUACAGAGGAAGCCAACAGUUCAAAUAUCCAAUAUUGUCACUUCAGAAUGGUGCCAUUCCAGGAUGGGAAGAGUCCCCGAGAUGUUUGCACUCAGCUUCACCGCCUUUGCGGUCAAUGGCUGAAGCCGGAAAGACACACAAAGGCUCAGAUGCUGGACUUGGUGCUCCUGGAGCAGUUCUUGACUGUCCUUCCCCCAGAGAUGGAGAAAUGGGUGCGGGAGUGUGGAGCAGAGACCAGUUCCCAGGCGGUGUCCCUGGCCGAAGGCUUCUUGCUGACUCAGGAGGAGGAAAAGAGGCAAGAAGAGUUGCAGAAAUCCUUGGAAGCUGUGACUGAGUAUUCCUUGGGGAGGAAAGAUUCGUUCAGAUCUUCUCAAGAGCUGCUCUUCAGGGACACCACUCCAGAGAGUAGAAAGCUGUCCUUGGAAAUUUUAGAAUCUCCUCCUCUUUGUGGUGGGGCUGAAGGAUUGGCUGAACCACUACUUCAGGAUGUUGUGUCUUUUGAGGAAGUGGCCGUGUAUUUCUCCAAAGAGGAGUGGUCUCAACUGGAUGCUGACCAAAAAACACUCCAUGGAGAAGUCAUGUUGGAGAAUUCCAGGAAUCUGGCUUCUCUGGGCUUUAAGGGGCAAGAGAAUAAGAAUUGCAAGGAGGAACACCAAGCGAUCCAUUUGAAAGUGGGGGAAAGGAAAUUUGCAGAUCAGAUGCAACCAAAGAGGGAUGAAACAAAGCAAUCACAAAGUGGAAUUAAAAAAGGCUUUCCUCAGGUCAGUUGGCUUCCUAACCGUACAAACAUUGUUAUGGGAGAAAGACCAUAUCAAUGCAUGGAAUCUGGAAAGAGCUUUAAUAAAUCUAAUCAUCUCAUUUCUCAUAAAAAGACACAUUCAGAAGUGAAACCAUACACCUGCAUGGAGUGUGGAAAGACCUUUCGUACUAAUGACUCUCUUAGAACUCACAAAAGGAAUCACAAAGGAGAAUUUUACAAAUGCUUGGAGUGUGGAAAGAACUUUACUCGUAAAAGUAAUCUUAAUUCCCAUAAGAGGAUCCACACAGAAGGGAAACCAUAUCAGUGCAUGGACUGUGGAAAGAGCUUUAGUAGAAAAUAUGCUCUGAUUCACCAUAAAACUAUCCAUACAGAGAAGAAGCCAUAUCAAUGCAUGGAAUGCGGAAAAACCUUCUGUUAUUAUGAAUCUCUUACAAAACAUGAAAGGAAUCACCAAGGAGAAAGACCUUAUAAAUGCAUAGAGUGUGGAAAGACAUUUACUUCCAGUAGUAGUCUCAAUUUACAUAUGAGGACCCACACAGGAGAGAAACCAUAUCAAUGCAUAGAAUGUGGAAAGUCAUUUACUUGCAGUAGUAGUCUCCAUUCACAUAUGAAGAUGCACACAGGAGAGAAGCCAUAUAAAUGUGUGGAAUGUGGAAAGGGCUUUAAGUGGAAUUCUAGUCUUACCUCCCACAAAAGGAUCCACACAGGAGAGAAACCAUAUCAAUGUAAGGAGUGUGGAAAGAGUUUUGCUCGUAACAGUCAUCUUAGUUCGCACAAGAGGAUCCACACAGGUGAGAAGCCAUAUCAGUGCAUGGAGUGUGAAAAGACUUUUCAUUCUAGCAGUAAUCUGAAUUCCCAUAAACGGAAUUGUGCAGGAGAAAAACCAUAUAAAAGUGUGCAAUGUGGAGAGGGCUUUAAAAAUACUUGUAAUCUCACUUUCUAUGAAAGAACCCAUCCUGCGGGGGGCAGAUGCGUCCCAGACAUUGAGCAACACAUUGUUGGGGUGGCUACACCAAGAGGAGUUGGGGAGGUGGAGGAUGAAGCAAGACAGCCAGAAAGACACACCAAGGCUCAGAUGCUGGACCUGGUACUCCUGGAGCAGUUCCUGGCUGUUCUUCCCCCAGAGAUGGAGAAAUGGGAGUCGGAAAAGAUGCAGAAAUCCUUGGAAGCUAUGACUGAGUAUCCCAAGGGGAGGAAGGAUUCAUUCAAAUCUUCUCAGGAGCUGCUGUUCAGGGAGACCUUAUGCAAAGAUCAAAGUCAGGACAUCACUCCAGAGAGUAGAAAGAUGUCCUUGGAAUUUUUUGAAUCACUUCAUCGUUGUGGUGGAGCUGAAGGAUUGGCUGAGCCGCUACUUCAGGAUGUUGUGUCUUUUGAGGAAGUGGCUGUGUAUUUCUCCAAGGAGGAAUGGUCUCAACUGGAUGCUGACCAAAAAGCGCUCCAUGAAGAAGUCAUGCUGGACAAUUCCAGGAAUCUGUUUUCUCUGGGCUAUAAUGGACAGAAGAAUAAGAAUUGCAAGGAGGAAUGCCAAGCAAUCCAUUUGAAAGAGGGGAAAGGGAAGCGAUAUCAAUGCAUGGAGUGUGGAAAGACGUUUACUCAUAGCAGUAGUCUCCAUUCCCAUAAGAGGAUCCACAGAGGAGAGAAGCCAUAUCAAUGUGUGGAGUGUGGAAAGACCUUUAGUAGGAAAAACGUUCUGAUUCAGCAUAAAACUAUCCAUUCAGAGGAGAAGUUAUAUCAAUGCAUAGAAUGUGGAAAGUCCUUCUCUUACUAUAGCUCUUUCAUAAUCCAUCGAAGGAAUCACAAAGGAGAAAGACCUUAUAAAUGCACGGAGUGUGGAAAGACCUUUACUUGUAGGAGUAGUCUCAAUUCCCAUAAGAGGAUCCAUACAGGAGAGAAACCAUAUCAAUGCAUGGAAUGUGGAAAGACCUUUCCCUGUAGCAGUCGUCUUAAUUCCUAUAAGAGGAUCCACACAGGAGAGAAGCCAUAUCAAUGCAAGGAAUGUGGAAAGACCUUCUCUUAUUAUAGUUCUCUUACAAUCCAUCAUAGGAAUCACAAAGGAGAAAGACCAUAUCAAUGCAUGGAGUGUGGAAAGGGUUUUAGCAGUAGUAGUCAUCUUAAUUCCCAUAAGAGGAUCCACACAGGAGAGAAACCCUAUCGAUGCAUGGAGUGUGGAAAGAGCUUCUGUUAUUCUAAGUCUUUUGUAAGGCAUCAAAUGAAUCACAAAGGAGAAAGACCUUAUAAGUGCAUGGUGUGUGGAAAGAGCUUUACUUGUACCAGUCAUCUUAAGACUCAUCAGAUGAUCCACAUAAUAGAGAAGCCAUAUCAUUGUGUGGAGUGUGGAAAGACCUUCUGUUACAAUCGUUCUCUUAUACUCCAUCAAAGGAUUCACAAAGGAGAAAGACCAUAUCAAUGCAUGGAGUGUGGAAAGACCUUUACUUGGAGUAGUAAUCUCAAUUCACAUAAGAGGAUGCACACUGAAGAGAAACCAUAUCAAUGUAAGGACUGUGGAAAGAUCCUUACUUCUACCAGCAGUCUUAAUUCCCACAAGAAGACCCACACAGGAGAGAAGCCAUAUCAAUGUAUGGAGUGUGGACUUCCCAGAACAGAAUACAGGGUAUUGUAACUAACAAACAUAAUCUAAAAUAUAACAUAAAACAUAUUCCAUUUCACACCAUCACACUAUCAAUUCCCUUCUUUCUUAAACUAAUACAUAAUAAUUCCUAACUUCACUCAAAAACUAAUUGAUAUUUUUUAAUCUGAUACU